AUGGUGCUGGCACUUUUGAUAAGGUCUCCACUAGCUUGCUUGGCUUCGAGGUUCUCACACUGCACGCAGCAAGGUCAGAAGAACCCAAAUUCCUCACAAGAUUUGGGAACAGAGAACCAUAUUCCAAGCUCACCUUUCGUGGUUUCCGCUAUUUCUGUACGGGCGGUCAGUGGUUCCUCCCUGUGUGUCUUUUCAGGGCUGACCGAGAUGGACCCUCAGUGGGGGGACGCCAACUUCGCCGAGGUCCACAGCAAGCUCUACGACGAAAUCAUGAGUUCCAUCGACCUGGUCUUCGCGCACUUCAGCGAUGGAGUUCGAGGACUUCCGGCGGAACGCCUCGGGCAGGCCAUGCGGAUCCUGGGGAUGAACCCCACGGAGGAUCAGGAUCUUUGGCCGCAGAUAGGGCUUUUGGGUUUUGAGGAAAUCGUCUGCAAACACUUGGCAGAUCUUGGUCGCCCAAAGUACAUCGACCAAGCGACGUUUCACCGUUUCAUCCAGGACGAAUUGACAAAGUAUCUCGAACAGGUUCAGGCUGUGGUUGACUGUUUGAAGCAAUAUGAUACGGACAACAAGGGCACCUUGUCCACUGAAGAAGUUCAAGCAGCGAUCAGAGGAAGUGAGCUGAGCCAGAAGAAGCUUCAGGCAAGUGUCGCAAAGAUGCCAAGUAACAGUAAAGGUCAGCUGGAUAUUGUGGAGCUGGCAACGUGUUUUCUGGAGCUGGGUGACUCUGAGGACAUGCUUGAGCCAUCGGAGGCAGAGAAAGAGAGAGCAUCUGCGAGUGAAGCAGAUAGCAAAGCAGUCAAAAUUCAGGUGGUCAAGGAUGCCGUAUCAGCUGAUGCCGAGGCAGGCACAACCGAUGAACAAUGCAGAGAGACCCGAGCUGCUGAGGAGAGCGCCAGUGGCCCAGCAGCCUACAGCACGAUGUUCAACGAUGUCAUCGCUUCCACGAACGCGGUCUUCAGAUAUUUCUCCCAGCCUUCUGGAGUUCCCGCGGAACGACUUGGACAUGCCAUGGCUAUUCUUGGGAUGAACCCCACGGAAGAUGAGGUCAAAAAGCAUUUGGCAGAUCUCGGUGGUCCAAAAUACAUUGACCAAAAGAUGUUUCACCGUUUCAUAGAGGAGGAAUUGGGAAAGCUGAUUCCGAAAGUUCAGGAAUUGCUCGACUAUCUAAAGCAGUUCGACACGGACGGUAAAGGCGCAUUGUCAGAGGAAGAGCUGCAAGAAGUGAUGAGAGGAAGUGAGCUGAGCCAGGACAAAGUCCAGGCCAGGUGGGAGCUGCACCGUGGAAUUUGGAGGUUGUCAUUCUUUAAAGUUUGUCACAAGACUGCAAAGCCAAUCCUGGUCAUUCCAUACAUAACUGGUUUACGCAUGCUUAGACUUUAG